UGCUUUCGAUUUGUAACACCUUCGAGUAUGAAGGCUAACUGCCAUUAAUUUUUUUUUUGUUAAAUCAGUGUAAAAUGACUAAAAUACCCUUUUAUAUCUUUCUAUUAGUACUCGAAGAGGUUACUUUCAAUAAACCACAAGGACUAUAUUUGUAAUUAACUCUAAAAAAUAUAAAACUCAGUAUUUGUAACAAAAUAUAUUAUAAAGGUAUUUGUAAAAAAAUUAUUUACUCAUUUUACACUGAUUUAACAGAAAAAUUAACGUCUGUUAGCCUUAACACUCAAAGGUGUUAAAAAUUUGAAACCGUAGAACCUGAAUUGACCAUGCCACCAUCAAGAGGAGUUGAUGCCGAGAUCAAGAAAUGGCAGAGAUCAAGAAAUGGCAGAGAUCGUUGACCCAGAUCCAAGAAAGUACAUGCCAAACCGAAAAAGUCGAUCAAGCGUAUGGAGAUCACAAACGUCCAAAAAAUCUCGACUCAACUUCUGAAACUGGGAAAGUGGCUGCAACCGAUCCUGACCAAUCACAGAAAAGGAGGGAUAUAGUGGCUAAAUCUGUUUUGGAACCAUCUCCAGAUGCUACUCUGCAAGGACGGCAUGAAAGGUUCAAGGUUCAUGUGAGGGUUCAAAAUGAAACCGGUUCAUAGUUCAGACUCGUUAAGGCUCGGCUCAUUCGAGCUUUUAGUGGUGCCGCCGAUUCCUAGUACCUCUCGAGCCCUUACACAGUUACACCCAAGUAGGGACUAUAUAAGUGGUUGGUUAAAUUCAAAUGAAUCAAUGUGUUGAACUUAAAGAGUUCAAUUGGUUGAUUCACAAUGUCUUAUUUCCUGCAAAUCGUUUCAAUUCCAGCAAUUCAAUAUCCAGCUCAUCAUCCAAUUCGGUUUCAAGUGACCUGUACGAUUCGGAUCAGAUCAUCGUGUGCUCCACCGGUGAAUUUGAUCGGAUUCCGAUUGAUAUUUUUAUCCAAAUAUUGAAAUUACUUGGACCUAAAGAGGCAGCUAAGCUGACAGUUGUUUGUAAGUCAUGGAGGCUAAUUGUUUCUGGUAAUUUGUUGUGGAUUUAUUUCCUUCAGAACCAGUUGGAUCCCUGGGACUAAACCAGCUUACGCUCCGGUUAUCCGCUUCGUUUUACAAGGUAAGAUAAUGUACAAAGUGGGUAUAAAAGUUGUGUCAGCUGGAGCUUGAAAGCUUAUUGGAUACCUCAGAGAGCAAAUGCAACAGCAAAAUCAACGUUUUUCUUCGUUAUACACAGUGAGAACAUUGAAAGAGAACCUUUGUUAUGUGGCUAUUUUUUCAUAUGAAGUUCCUGUUGUGGGUUGGUUUACUCUUAAGCAAGAACCUUUUCUAACAGGAGAGAUUUUGUUCCAACCACUUAUUGCAGGAUUGAGUUCAAAGGGUUUGCAUCAAGCGGUGGCACUUUGCAUUGAACAAUGCCAUGCUGCGGGAUUGUCCCCUGAUGAUUCUUGGUUCAAGACCGUUGUUUUGGCUGGCGGCACUGCGUGCUUACCAGGAUUAGUUGAAAGAUUAGAUAAGGAACUCCGUCUUCUUCUUCCCCCAUCGAUAUCUAGUGGGAUACGCGUUAUUCCACCCCCGUAUGGUGCAGAUUCUGCAUGGUAUGGGGCCAAGCUUCUCAGCAAUUUGAGCACCUUCCCUAGUUCCUGGUGCAUUGACAAAAAAGAUUUCCGACCCAAGUCCAAAAGAAAUUUCUUUUGGUGAAAGUUGGUUCUUUUACGCGCGUUGAAAUUCUAAAGGUUUUAAUGUCAUUGUCCUCAAUCAUCACCUAUUAACAUUAGGCCAUUAAUAAUGUUAUAUCAGGGUUGUGUUAUGUUCCUCAUUUGUCCAGCUUGUAAAAUUUUAUAUAUACCUGUGAAAACUUGUAUAGUAUCAUAUCUAGGGGAAGGUUCAAAUGAAAACCACUAGUUAUUGUGAAAACUAGAAAACUAACUAAAACCCACUAAAAAGGAGGGGGGUAAUAAUGAAGGAG